CGCCUGCACGUGAAUGGCAUACAUAUUCGCAGCAAAGCACAGUCUCCAAAUGCACAGUCUCCGAUCGGUGCUGCUGAUUACAGAGCUGUAACGUGGCGACAGAAGCUGAAACAAUACGCCUUUGCUAAACCCUCUUGUCUUGUGCGCUGUGCAUGUACAGUCAGUCACUGCAAUCUGAGUAGAAUAGUCUUUAGCAUAUAGGCAACCGCGCUCGCCAGAAUGUCGCGAAAAGCGGUGGUGUCGGUGUACAGGACGCUUAUGCGACAAGCAGCUCGCAUGAAGAAGCGAGGAGAAGAGCUAGAGAUCCGUAAGCCCGUUUCGGACCAGUGGGGCAACUAUGGCUACAGCGAGACAGGACUCGUAUACCAGGGCAACGCUCUGGCCCAGAUGCUGGGUCCGGGGGGCGUAUCGGUGCUGCGCCACUUCCCGGGCGCUGAGAAGCUGGACGGGACAGCGCUGCAGCGCACGGUGCGGGACAACUUCCGCGCGCAUGCGGACGCGGCGCCGGAGCAUGUGCCGCGGCUGGUGGGGCAGGCGCUCACGUGCCUGCGGGGGCUGUUGGAGCAGCAGUACCUGCACCGCUGCAGCUCCAGCGCCGUGACGGACGGCGUGCGGGUGGACGCCACAUCCAAGUUCAGCACGUCGGGAAUGGCCUAUACGGGCCGGCACCAGAACCUGUUCUCGUACCGGAUACGAGUCACCAACCUCAGGGAGGAGCCAAUCCAGCUCAUGGGGCGAGAGUGGACUAUCAAGAACGAUCGCGGCACGGUGGUGGUCCACGUGCCGCACAUCCCCGGCAAUGCCGUUGUGGGCCAGCAGCCCAUCAUCCCGCCGAACGACUGCUUCGAGUACGUGAGCGGCACAGACCUGGACACGCCGGCGGGGCUGCAGAGCGGCAAGCUGGAGAUCGCUGUGGUGGACAAGAGCGGGCGGACGGGGCGCACUUUUAUGGCUGCGGUCGCGCCGUUCGCGCACAUGCGGCCAGACGUGGCGGCGCGGUAGCGAGGCGCCGGCAGCGGGGCCCAUGGCGCCACGUGCAGCUCGGUCUCCUGCGGGCUCCUUGUGCCGGACCGGGAAUGAGACAGUACGGGCAGCUGUGGCAACUGUGUUGUUGGGUGUCAACUUGAUUCAGGGCUGUGAGGUGUAAGCGCUGGACGUGGAGGAGCUGGCUGGUGCGGAUAAGGGUCAACGCAGUGUGGUAUGCUGUGAGGCGGCUCGGCGGGCAUGUUUGGCCUCAAUGGGCGUUUAGGGAAAGCUGUGUGUAGCAUGGCAACGUGUCGCGCCCGGUUCUGGCUCCUCAGAUGAGCGGGUCGCAGGAAGGUGGCAGUGGCGAUAGCGGAAGGGGAGCGUACCUGCGCGCGAUAAAUGUACGCAUGGGGCACGCACACUCAAGCGGCAAGGGACUAAGCUUGACGAUGAUGCUGUGACAAGUCACAUGUCAAACAUGUCGCUUGUACUGAUAUGAAAUGCAAUAAGAAUA